UUGAUGAGUAUAAAUAGAUCAUCAAUUUUUAUAUUGCUAAAUUUAAAUUAUUAGUUCAAAUCACGGAAGAAGCGCGGAAGGUUAUGUUAUCUUUGAAUUAUAUUGCUGUUUGCCGACAUGACAUUCUUUUGUUUAUCUCAAGUAGAGCUCUAAUAUAUACUUCAUCGCGUCGUAACCUUUAUAAAAUGAGUAAAAAGUUAAAGCUUGAUGUCCUUACAAAGCCAAGGUCCUUACGAUCUGAAAAUAAAGGUGACAGUAAAAAUAUAUCUACAACAUCGGGCUAUUUUGAUGAUAAAGAUGCUUCACCAAAAAAAAUUGUGAAGAAGAAGCAUACACCAGUUAAGAUAAAACAUGAAGAAAUGAAAGAUGCAGCUAACUCGAAAAAUAGUGAAAUUAAAAUUGAAGAUUUACAACAAAAUGAAACCGUGAAAAAAGACCGUGCACCAGUAAAAAUAAAGUAUGAAGAAAUGAAAGAUGUAACCGACUCGAAAAAUACCGAAAUUAAAGUUCAAGAUUUACAAAAUAAAACCGUGAAAAAAAAGCGCACACCAGUAAAGAUAGAAUAUGAAGAAAUGAAAAAUGCAACUGAGUCAAAACCCAAUGAAGUUAAAGUUGAAGAUUUACAAGAUGGAACUGUGAAAAAUGAGACCGUAGAAGAUAAAUGGAUGCCAUUAAAUUGGGAAACUAUUUUAGAAAAUGUUAAGGAAAUGCGAAAACAUAAAACAGCACCUGUAGAUGAGAUGGGUUGUCACAAAUGUAUAGAUCCAAAUGCUACUGCCAAAGUUGCUAGGUAUCAAUCAUUAAUAGCAUUGAUGCUCAGUAGUCAAACUAAGGAUCAAGUUACUCAUGCUGCCAUGCAAAGAUUGAUUACUUAUGGUUGUACUCCAGAAUUAAUAUCAGGUACUCCUGAUGAUACUCUUGGAAAACUUAUAUAUCCAGUUGGAUUUUGGAAGAGAAAAGUACAGUAUAUUAAGAAAACUUCAAAAAUUUUAAUUGAGAAAUACAAUGGUGAUAUUCCUAGGACUCUGAAAGAGUUAUGUCAAUUACCAGGUGUAGGACCAAAAAUGUCACAUAUAUGUAUGCAAAUAGCAUGGGGUGAAGUUUCCGGUAUUGGAGUGGACACACAUGUACAUCGUAUUUGUAAUAGAUUAGGAUGGGUAAAGAAAUCAACUAAAAUACCAGAAGAUACUCGAAUUGCAGUGGAAGAAUGGCUUCCCAAAGAUCUCUGGAGCGAGGUAAACUAUUUACUUGUUGGAUUUGGACAAGAAAUUUGUUUACCACGAUUUCCUAAAUGUGAUGAAUGCCUAAAUAAAGAUAUAUGUCCAUCUAGCACAAAAAGCAGUAUGAAAAAAAAGACAUAGUAUUGUAAAAAUGUUUAUUAUAAAUUAUAUUUAUUUACAAUAUCUAAAAAAGAACUUUGUGAGAUGAUUUAA